GCGGCCUCGUUCCUGCUGGCCGUCGCUGGUACGGCCAGCCUUGCUCAGGCCGACACCUUGUGCUCCUUGCCGCCGGUGACCUACGCCAAGGCCAAAACCGCCUACCCGGCCUCGGCCUCCGCCAUCGAGGCGCUCGAGAAGUUCGGCAUGGCAACCUGGUACUCCGACCGCACGGAGAACGGAGACUACGCGAAGACAGCGGCCGACCUGGUGUCAAGCUGCUCCGAGGACUCGCGCAUCAGCGUUGUGGUCUACGGCCUGCCGAACAAGGACUGCGCUGCGAAGGAGUCGGCGGUGGGCAGUACGGUGCACUCCGCCUCGGACUACGAGAAGUUCCUCACCACACUCACGUCGGCUAUCGGUAACCGCAAGGUGCUGUACAUUCUCGAGCCCGAUGCCAUCGGACUGCUAGCAGACACCACGGGCUGUGGCCAGGGCGCUGGGUACCUGGCCAACCUGCAAACUGCCAUCGGUCUGCUGUCCAAGAACGACAACGCCGAAAUCUACCUCGACGUGGGCUACUGGACGCUCGAGUACCCGGCCACCUCCACUGCGGUGGCUGCCAUUGUGAAGCAGUUGGUGAGUGCCGGAACCAAGGUGAAGGGCAUCACGCUCAACACGUCCAACUACCAGUCCACCAGCACGUUGUCGACACUCUGCAGCAACUUCCAGACGGCAGUUGGCUCCAUCGACCUGCACUGCAUCUUCGACACGUCGCGCAACUACCACGGCGGCCCCGAGUCGAACGAGUGGUGCAAUGUCAAGAGCGCGGGUAUCGGGCCUCUGCCCACGAGCGACACUGGGAUCAGCAACGUCGACUACUUCAUCUGGGCCAAGCCUCCUGGAGACAGUGAUGGCACCUGCGAGGGCCGUACGUCGGACGCCAUGCAGGGUCCUGGAGCUGGCGUCUUCUUUAACGAACUGUUCCAGAGCCUCUGGAACCAAGGUAUUAUGGUUGCGGAGAAGGGAUACAGCGCCAUCGAUGGCACGGUGCACAGCUCUACAGGGUCGGGGUCAAGCGCAACGCAGACGCAGCAGCAGCAGCAACAAAAUCAGAACCAGAACCAAGACGCUGCCACGUACAAUGCAACCUCGACCGGAGAUCAAGCUCAACCUACAAAACAGUUGGCCUCGACUCCGACGCCGAUCCCCGCGUCCAAGUCCUCUGAAAGCCAGCAGAUCUCGACCGAGAGCUCAACCAGCUCGCCUGUGGGGACUGGUGUGGUCGUGUUGGUUGGUCUCGUGGCUGCAGCGGUGGUGGCUCUCGUCGCUAUCGUGGGCAUCCGUCGUCGCCAGAAGAAGAUGCUGAACAACGCCAAGACGCCGGAGCUCUCGGCGCUGGCACCGCUGCCUACCGCAAUGGUGAACUUCCGUCCGCAGUCGACUGCACUAGCGCGGGAUCCCAGGGUCCUC